AGAGUAUCCUAUUUGCUUGCGUGGUCUACUUCCCUUCAUCAUUCCCAACGCAAGUUGAUUACUUGGAGGAUAGCCCAACAACUGUGGGGAAUAUAAGCUCCAUAAACACAUCUUCUUACGAUUUUGAUUCAUCUUUCAAAGUGAGCUUGCCACCGGCCAUUCUACAAUCCUUCACUUACCCCGCACCCUUGCCGCAAUGGCAAACAGGCGCAGCAGGAGCAUUCGCAAGUGGAGCAAUUGACCUUGGAGGAUUAGUAGUGUCCCAAACAAGGAACCUCACUCAGGCGUGGAAUACCAGCACGGGCAAUGGCGCCACUUUCUUCGAACCAUCGUCGCUGCCAGAGGGAUUCUUUAUUCUGGGAUCAUAUGCACAACCGAACAAUGUCCCGCUUUUCGGAGGCGUUCUCGUAGCGAAAGACAUCACGGGCCGUUCAUUAAGAAAACCGACCGACUACGCCCUCUUUUGGUGUAGCCAGAAUAACAGCAAGGCAGGCUCUGAUACCACACAGCCUGGCUACUUUUGGUUGCCUAACUGCACGGCAGGAUAUGUAGCCGUUGGAUACCUUGUGACAAACACAUCUAAUAAGCCUCCCCUUGAGAAAAUCAGGUGCGUCCUUUCCAAUUUCACAAAUGCAUAUGUGACCGCCGGUGAUCCGAUUUGGAGCGUGGAUGGGGUGUCAAUAUCCACUGCCAUGCCGCAAGAGCGCGGGGUCCAAGCCCGCGCCCUGGCCAGCUGUUCAUUCAUGAUUCAAGCCAGUUCGACCAAUCUUUCUUCACUGCCGCCGCAGCCAGCUUGCUUGAGAAACGCAAACCAAAAUUUCUCAUGUGCAGCGAUGCCAAGCAAGUCCCAAAUCCAGGCUUUGAUGGAAGCCUACGGUCCUUUAUUUUACUUUCACCCGAACGAGAAAUUCCUGCCUUCUUCGGUGGAAUGGUUUUUCCAGAACGGGGCUUUACUACGGUGGAAAAAUGGAUCAUCAUCAGAAGGGGGAGUUCCAGUCUGGCUGAACGGCUCGAACCUUCCUUUAAAUGGAACCGGGUACUGGUUGGACCUCCCGGCUAACGCUACAGAGAAGCAGAGAGUGAAGAAAGGUGACGUAGAGAACGCGACGACCUAUGUACACGUGAAGUCACUGUUUGGCGGGACGUUUACCGAUAUGGCGGUUUGGGUGUUCUACCCCUUCAAUGGCCCCGCCUUUGUGAAAAUCGGGAAAGAGACGAUCUCUUUGGAAACAAUAGGAGAGCACACGGGCGAUUGGGAACACGUGACGUUAAGGAUUAACAACUUCGACGGGGCGUUAGAAAGCGUGUUCUUCUCACAGCACGCGGGAGGCGUUUGGGUAAAGGCCUCCCAGUUGGAGUUCUGGAAUGGCACAAAUAAACCGGUGGUUUAUGCAUCCCUGCACGGGCAUGCUGCAUAUCCGAAAGCGGGGGAGAACUUGCUAGGGAGUGGAUUGGUGAAGAUAAAGAAUGCGGCUGCGAUUGGAAAGGUGUCCAUGGACACGGGGCUGAACUUCACGCUUCUGUCCGCGGAGUGUUUGGGCGACGACGCUGUGGUUGAGCCAAAUUGGUUGAACAGUUCUUUAGCAUGGGGUCCGACUGUUAUCUAUGCCAUUGCAAAGGAGCUGAAAUUUCUCCAACAUAAACUGCCCCCAGAGCUUAUGCAUGAGCAAGGACCGUGUAGCCCAAAGCUCAAAGAAUCUUGGAGUCUAGAUGAAAAGUGUUGGAAUUAACCAAUAAGCCAUUAACCAUAUACUAUCGUAUAUAAUCAAAUGUUAUAAGAGAGUUGUUGUUUGAUUGUUGGAACAGUUCAUUUUUACCACUGUUUGAUGAAUGUCUCUGAAUCUCUGAUUAUAUUUAACUACGUGCGUCGUGCGGAUAUGGAUUUGAACUUAUCUCCAAACUUUUACACAAACUA